AUGGCCCCUCGCGUACCGUCCGCUGCUGGCCACGAACAGACGUCCAGGGCCCGGGCGGAAGCGCGAGCUCGUCGCUUGUGUGGCUCUGGGCCUCUAGUUGACGUUGUUGAUCCUACUCUUCUGAAGAAGGAACUCACAGCGUUCUAUGGCCACGGAGUACCGCGAGACGCGUCGCCUGGUCUUGUCGCUGUUAAUCGAGCUAAACGCGCUUUCGACCGUCUUUCGGAUGUCGCGCAAGGUCCGGAUCGGAUUUCCAAGGGCACGACGCGUACGCUAUGGGCACUUUUACUGGAGGAGAUGAAAUUCGCCAUAAACCAUAACGUGACCGCGUUUGUUGAACCCCUUGUGCGCUUCCUGGAAACAACGAGAAGGGAGGCCAGGCAGAAUCACUCGUGGGAUAUGGGCAGGGUUCGACAUGUUCUUGCCGGCGGCUGGCCGUCUGACUUCAACAUCACCAAGCUCAAGUCGCAGGAUCUUGGACCUCUUCACUGGUGGUUGGGCGCGCGCAAGAUUGCCGACAAAGAGCCUCUGACCCGCCAGCAUAUCUACGACGCUGCCUACGCCCUGCGGACGAUUACCAACUCGUCGCGCCGACGCUCGCCGACUCCUGCUGCCGCUGUUGCGAGAAGUAGCAGCCGCCCUUCCAGGCAAGCUGCCAGUGCUACGAAUGAUGCGUUGAGCUCUACCAUUAUUCUUGACGACGACCUGGGCGGAACGUAUGCACCGAGUGACGUGGGCAACGACGACGGCGCCCGUGAUGUGGGCAACGACGACGGCGCCCGUAACGUGGGCAACGACGGCGGCGCCCGUGAUGUCCCGGCAUCUGUGCGCCAGACUCCGUGGGCAUUCGGACAGGGCGCUACCGCGGCUUUCACCGCUACAGCACCUCCUCAAGCGCCGGUCAUGCCUCCACCGCCUCCGCCCGCUCCCGGCGCCACGCGUCGUGCUCAACCGUCCCCUUGGCUCCCGCCGAGCGGAUUCACAGCGGAGCUGAAAUGGAAUAUUGAAGACUACAACGUGCACAAGGCGCAACUUCUAUCUCAUCCGCGGGGUGUGCCCAUACCCGAAGGAUUCCUGUGGGAGCAUCCUGCUCUGCACGGGCUCCAAGUGUCCGAAGAUGGACAGGCGAAGAUGUUUGAGGCAAGUCUUGCAAGCCCUGUCGAUUUUUCAAGACUAACCAUCGGCGUAGCUUGUCUUCCCUGCUACUGGGAGAAGGGCAGUCAGGGGAAGUGCGAGGGUGGUCGGCCUCCUUCGACUCCGGUGCCGAAACCCGACUUCGCGGUCCGCAAAGCGUUUCUGGAGGAGUUGGAUCGCGCCGGCGUCUACGAGUUCCCAUCUCAUAUUAUCAAUCGGGCAACAGGCCGCGGACGGCGAGGAGCCGACUCUGGCGGUACAGGCGGACCCCCGUCUUACGAUCCCCCGGCACCGCGGUACAGUCCGGCAAGGCCCGCCGCCGAGGCUGAGACUGAAACGCCCCCAUCAACUGGCAAUCCUCAGGUUCCUGGAAUUACCCCUCAAGACGCCGCUCCCGAACACGCUGGGCCUACUGCAACGCCGGAGCCGGCGCGUUUGACUGGGCCUAGGCCAGUACAUGCUUCCCAUGAUGAGAACACCGCAGAGCCAGUCAGCGCCGUCACGCCAGCAGCAGACGACGGCGACGAACAUAUCCCGCCUGCGACAGAGGACGGUCCACCUCCAGAAGACGUUGCUAUGGCGGACGUUAGCAAUGCGCCGUCCGGUGCACGCAAGCGCCGCCGUCAGCAGGUCGUGGGUGCCGGCGACAAUCCAGAUUUGGCUAGCGUGCCGGCACAGCCUUCGCGUAAACGCGCGCGUAAGCACAAUUCUGUCGCCCCUCAAGAAGGGCAGAAUGCACGGGCACCGUCCGGUCCACCUGCACCUCGCGCUCGCCCCGCUCUGCCCAUUCCCCCGCGGCCUCGCCCGAUGCUACCUGAGUCUGAGAGUGAGGACGCAGGCGACGCACGCUCUGCGCAAUCGGCAACACCUACCACGGAGUCGGAACACCAGCCGACGCCCGUGCCCACCAACAUCGGCCCCCCGAAGGGCAAAGGGAAAGGGCGUGCUGUCCCUCGACCGUCUGGCACCCAGCAGCGUAGCGCCGCGAAUCGGGGCAUCCAGUUCCAUGACAAUGUGCCUGGCACGCGUCCCGUCUCUCGGGCUGGUUCGCCGGUGUUUCGUGCACGCCCUUGGCCUGUGAUUCCCGAUCGCGAUAUGCAGGUCUCGGGCGAUAGGACGUACGAGAUACCCACUGGCGUGUCCCGGAUCUCGUACCCUCACCCAACUCCUCUCUCAACGUCAACGGUCAACGUUUCGGGAGAUAUACUUCUCGCUAACCAUGUCGAGCGCGCGAUGCGCCAUGAGGUACGAGACAUCCGCAACGAAGUACGGGAGAUUCGCGAUCAGGAUCGCGACUGGUUGUCCGGUCGCUAUCAGACAGACUUCGUCAUGCCGCGCCAUCGCGAAGUUCUAGAGUCUGUGCGUGAGCUACGCGAGGAAGUCAGAGGGUUCGCCAAAAGCGCAGGCAUGAUGGUCGCCCCCCCACAGGCUUCCAUUGGUGAUCAACUCAGCCCUGCUCCGCCCGCCGCUCCUGAACGCCUGCCACAAGCGCCGCAUGUCCCCGGCAUUUCCACGGGGCACUCUUCAACAUUGCUUGUCCCGGCGCCCGCGCCUCCUACUCCCUCUCAACCUUCUUCAGGUGAUGGGUUCUCGCACAUGUUCCAGGACCUUCAAACGAACUUGCAGAAUUCGUUUGCGAACUUCAGCGAGGAGAUGCAACGCUCGCUCGCCGAACGGACAGCGCCCAUUGCCGACCUUCGUGGUAGCGUUCAGGACCUUACCACGCGUUUCGGGGAGUUAGCGCCGAUUUCUGGACGUGUAGACGAAAUGGGUCGAAACGUGGAGGCUCUGAGCUCAGAUCUGCGGGUGUUAGUCGGCCGCGUGCAGCGCCUCGAAGACGUUGGGCCGCUGUCAAGUAAUCUGCGGGUCUUUGCAGAGCAGCAUGACCGGCUUGGCGCGGCGCCGGCGCCAGUCCUGGUCCUUCGCCAGCCAGUUGUUCCUCAGACUCGUCGAACACCGCCGGUGGCCGAGGCUCCUGGCGCAUUUCAACCCGGCAUCGCUCGCUCGCUCACGCCUGCGACCCCGCCUAACCGCCGUGCCGUGUCUUCUGUUGCUGCGCCUGCAAUGCCAUCCGUGUCUCCAUCCGCUGCGCUUGCGCCUGCGCCUGCGUCCGACCCAGUGCACACCCCAGAUCGUGCUCUUCUGCGGACUACCCAAGACCCAGCCGCUCGACUUCUCGAUGCUAUUUCGCGCGAUCGAGAUCUGCUGUCCAUGAUUCCUGCCGAUGCGCCGCCACCGGGCUCGUUCGAUGCGUCUCAGGCAAUUCCGCAGUCAAGCGAUGGCGCGCUGGCGAUGGACAUAGACGCAGUCUCCCCGCACUCCCCUGGUGGCUUGUCUCCGCUGACAACGUCCCCGUCACCGGGGCGUCAAAUCGUUCAAUCUCCGCCGGUCUUGGGCGCUGCCCGAAAAUCGUCUUCUCCUGCGAGCGACGGCGAGUCUGGUCAUAGCAGCGGCGAGACUGGCGAGGACGAUGUCCCCAUGGAGACUGGCGAAGACUGGGCUCCUGGUUCACGGAAGCGUCCAGCCGAAAACACCGCUGACUCCCCAUCCGACCGGGCCGCUAAAAGGCAGGCAAGCGCGGCCUAUUCUGAUACAGACGAAGAUGCGGAAGGCAGCUCCGACGAUCAGGAGGAAGCCGCGACUGUGAAUCAACCGCCCGUUCCGGCUUCCCGCCCUGCCCCAAGUCGAGCUGGCAAAGGUCGUGGCGCAGGUGGUGUUUCCACAGCUGCAGCUGGUGGUCGUGGUCGCGGUCGCGGUCGUCGGGAGGGUUUGCGUAAUCGCGGAUGA